GCGGCCGCCCCAGAGCCCGUGUGCCCACCGCCCCUCGCCACCGCCGGCAUGAGGAGCCUCCGGGCGGACGCUGACCCCUCCGAGGAGCCCAAGUCCGGCAAGGCCAAGUCCGAGUACCGAAACUACACGGAGGGGAAGCUGCUGGACCGUGUCUACAACACCUACCUGCUGAUGCACACCCACCAGACCGUCGACUUCGUCCGGAAGAAGAGCGCCGAGUACGGGACCUGCUCCCUGCGCAAGAUGAGCGCCAUGGAGGCACUGGAACUGCUGGACCAGCUGGUGGACGAGUCCGACCCGGACGUGGACUUCCCCAACUCCUACCAUGCCUACCAAACCGCCGAGGGCAUCCGCCGGGCCCACCCUGACAAAGACUGGUUCCACCUCGUGGGGUUGCUGCACGACCUGGGGAAGGUCCUGGCACUUUUCGGGGAGCCCCAGUGGGCUGUGGUGGGGGACACCUUCCCGGUGGGCUGCAAGGUGCAGAGGUCCGUGGUCUUCGGGGACUCCACCUUCCACGACAACCCCGACACCAGAGACCCCCUGUACAGCACCGAGUAUGGGAUGUACCAGCCUCACUGCGGCCUGGAGAACGUCCUCAUGUCCUGGGGACACGAUGAGUACAUGUACCGAGUCAUGAAGUUCAACAACUUCGCCCUGCCCAAGGAGGCUUUCUACAUGGUCCGCUUCCACUCCUUCUACCCCUGGCACGCACACGGGGACUACCUGCACCUCUGCACCGAGGAGGACCUCCGCAUGCUGCCCUGGGUCAGGGAGCUCAACAAGUUCGACCUCUACACCAAGCAGGAGGAGCUGCCCGACGUGCAGCAGCUCCAGGGCUACUACCAGUCCCUGAUCGACAAGUACUGCCCCGGGCAGCUCUGCUGGUGAGCGGGGACCCCCACCCACCACCGGUGCAGCACCCAGCACCCCACGCUCGACCCCAGCCCCACGGCACAGUCCCUGGGGGAGCAGCCGGCUUGUCGUGGGGAGCACCGGGACUAUACAAUAAACCCGCUUGUCACGCA